AUGGCAGCGACAAUGUGCAUCUGGGGACUCUAUACCUCUCGCGUAGUUCAAUAUUUUGCUGACGACACGCCUUUGUACUACCUGCAGGCUGGGGAGAUUAAUCCUUCAACGAAGAAGCCUAAGGAGAGUGAAGAACAGGAAGGCAAGGAAGCCGAGAGUGGAGAACCUCACGUGGAAGGCCAGCCACUAACUGAUAGCUGCCACAACCCUCCAUUUGCCUCGACAUCUAUCCUGGCUGUAUUAGAUUCUGAAAAGGCAUCCGAGGGGAAGACCGACGGUGAAUCCCCUGCGAAGGAUCACGGCCCAGAGUUACAAACCAGCAAAACAGAGCCAGCACAAAAGCCAAUGCUUAGAGAGGCGAAGAAGCCGAAUAAGGCCAAGCGUCUCGAGAUUGCCUCGACGAUGCUGGCUUUGGAUAAGACAUCUCUUGCGAAGGAGUGUACUAGACUUGGGCUUCCAGUCGAUUGGCUCCCAAUGCCAAAGGAUAAAAAUGAGGCCGGGAGAAUUGUGGAUUUGCGAAAGGACAGAGGUCCCAGAGUAACCGACCCGAGUUUCUAA